AUGCGGCAGACCUUGCUGCUGCGGUACAAGAUGCCGAAGAACAUGGGCGUGGCGCCGCGAUUCGACACGUGGAACGAGCCGUACGAGCCGUGGCAGCACAUGAAGCGCAUGGCGCGGCUGGUCGGCACCGGCUUCUACAUCCCGCCCGAGUGGUACAGCCACUUCCGCAUGUUCCCGCCCAUCAACCACAACUUCCAGCAGGAGAAGACGCUCAACCCGCACAACGCGAGUGAGCCGACCCAGGAUGACACGGACACACUCAGCCGCGAGCGGGUCGCGCUGCGCGAUGAGUUGGCGCGAAAGAGUCGGCUCGUUGCAUCGGAGGGGAUGCGGUACUACAACAUCUUCUGGGUGCGGAAGCCUCUCGACCGGAUGGAGAAGGAGUACUACGAGCUCAAGCGCAGGGGCGUUGAGCACAGCGUGGCCAUCAAGAAGGUCCUGCAAGGCUUCUACGACGACCUCUCCGUGAAGCGGCGUGUGGCGGCAGUGCAGGCGGAGGAGGCAAAACUUUCUGGCCGCUUCAUCACGAUGCGUGAGGCAACGGUAGUGAUGGGUGUGCUCGCGCAGCUGCACCGUGAGCAGCUCACCCCGCACCAGGUGACACUUCUUGCGCGGGAGCAGCAGCAGGCAACGGAGAGGGAGAGUGGACUCACUGCAUCGGUUUUGCGCGUGAAUAGUACUCCGGCCGAAGGAAGUGGUGGUGGUGCUGGUGGAGAGGCAACAUCCAACGCUGAUGAGGCGCUCUCGGCAGAUGCGCUGGCGGAAAUGCUCUCUGUUGAUCACACAGCUGGGGGUGGCGGGGCGCAGUAUCAGGUGGAGAUUAAGCAGAGUUCAAGCGAUAGUGUGAGACAGAUGCAGGAGCGGGCCACCGAUCGCACAGGAUCCCCUGCGUGGUACACGGGUGCAUCACCCACGUACAACAGCAACGAGUAG